GACUUACCCGAUUCUUAGAGGAGCUUCGCAUACUGACGCACUUUUUGCCUAUGCGAGAGAAAAUUCCAUCUUUGGAAAUUUUCUAGCACGGAGGACAGGAAUACUUUGAGAUGUCGCGUUUUUUCAAAGAAAUUAAAUUCAUCAUAUAUAACGAUAUCAAUAUGUUACAUACUUGUUGUAAAGCUUUUUCCUCAGUAUUUUUAUGUAAGAAUCAGUGUAACCGCUACAUAUUAAUGUCAUCAACUUCAUCAACAAUUUCAGUGCUGAAGACUACAACAACAGCAAAAAAAAGUCAGCUUCAGAGGACGUUUAGAGUAGCCACAUCACCAAGGUGCCGAACAAUAGGCACAGCAUCAAGUACGAAAUUGAAAAUAUUUUGUCUCAGCUUUCUAGCACUUACUAUUCCAGGGGACCACACCAGUCUAAUAAAUUGAUUGUCAUCUUAACUACUUCAUGUGAACACACAGGACCAGACAGUCUACUUGUCAUCUUAACUUCACGUGAUUGCACAUUUCCCUGUAGAAGUGCGAGGUUGCUGCCCGGUAUAAAUAUUGAAUUAUUCGAAAAGCUGAAAUAAGCAAGUAAGUACUGAAAAUAAGCGAGAUACUGAACAAGGAAGGGUAGCCCUGUGAGAGCGACCUCCCUUAUUUCAGUCAGUAACUCAGUUAUUUCAGUUUAUCGAAUACUUCUUUUCUAACUGUCAUAGACAUAGACCUCCUCAUUUACGCUAUUUCCAGACGCUGUUCGACUGCCGCUUGUGCUUUCUGCUUCGACAGAGACAGAAAUUAACUUUGUUGCAUUUCAUCGACCACCACGACUCGUCGAACUCGAAAUUAAAUCUGAACUUCGGUAGGCAUUGGCAUAGUUUUCAACAUGAGCAUACGCAUGUUGAGUGGCAUACACUACUAAGUAAAUUGAUAAAUUGCAUUUGCAACUUUGACUUUCAUACUUCUUGCUGGUUUAGCUUCCAAUUUUACUACCAUUCAUACUCGUAUUCCGUCAACAUCUACCGCACUGUUUGAGAGGGACUCAGUGAACGUAUCAUCUUCAUCCAAGUCACCCUUGAUAGCAUACCACAGCCCGCAACGUCGAAGUCCGUGACAAAAUUUCCUACCUUCGCAACACCCAGGCCCUCUCUGCAUGCAUCCCAUAAUUUCCCGUAAUAAAUAUAUCAGCCUUCGCUGUCAAGGACGCGCGCACUUUGAUUUGUUGUUUUACAGUACCUUUCAUCUUUGAGGAGGUGAAGGCAGAUUCACCAUUUCUUCCACGGUACGCUAAUUUCUUCCUACCAGCAUUUCUCGAAAAG